AACCCUAAUUCUUAACAUUGUCUGAAACGAACACAAUGUGCGCCAUUCACAUUCGCGUGAGCCACCCAACAUGUCAACCCUCUUACACCACCAAACUCGGCCAAUUUCUCAAUGGAGGAACACAGCACCGACACGUUCCUCUGAAGGUUCAUCACUGUCCAAGGUUGGUGUCGCGGGCAUGUCUCAACGGAGCUGCGGCGGCGGUGAAGAGGACGGAGGAGGUGAUGGAGGAGGAAGGGAGGUUCUUGGUGGGGACUUACGCGAGGGCGCCGGUGGUGUUGGAGAGAGGGCAAGGGUGCAAGGUGUAUGAUGUUGAAGGGAGGGAGUAUUUGGAUUUGAGUGCUGGCAUUGCUGUGAAUGCACUUGGCCAUGGUGAUGCUGAUUGGUUGAAAGCUGUUGUGGAACAAGCUGGGACACUUUGUCAUGUCAGCAAUAUGUACCAUUCAAUUCCUCAGGUAGAACUUGCAAAGCGUUUAGUAGCUUGUUCUUUUGCUGAUCGUGCAUUUUUUGCAAAUUCUGGAACUGAAGCAAAUGAAGCAGCUAUUAAAUUUUCAAGAAAGUAUCAGAAACACAUUUGUACUAAUGGGAAAGUGCCAGCGACAGAGUUCAUAGCUUUUAGCAAUUGCUUCCAUGGUAGAACCCUGGGUGCACUUGCUUUGACAAGUAAAGUGCACUACAGAGCACCUUUUGAACCUGUUAUGCCUGGAGUGACCUUUUUAGAGUAUGGAAAUGCGCAGGCCGCUGUAGAAUUAAUUCAGCAGGGCAAGAUUGCAGCAGUUUUUGUCGAACCUAUCCAAGGAGAAGGGGGUAUAUACAGUGCGACAAAAGAAUUUCUACAGUCCCUGCGAAGUGCUUGUGAUGAGGCUGGAGUACUUCUUGUGUUUGAUGAGAUUCAAUGUGGUUUAGGUCGGUCAGGGUUUCUUUGGGCUCAUGAGGCUUAUGGAGUCUUCCCAGAUAUAAUGACACUUGCAAAGCCUCUUGCUGGAGGCCUACCUAUUGGAGCUGUCCUUGUGACCGAGAGAGUUGCUUCGGCUAUAAAUUAUGGUGACCAUGGAAGUACUUUUGCAGGAAGUCCUCUUGUUUGCAGUGCUGCUCUUGCUGUUCUGGAUAAAAUAUCCAAACCUGAUUUCCUGUCUGCUGUAUCUAACAAAGGUCUAUACUUCAAAGAACUACUAAAACAGAAGUUAGGAGGAAAUCGACAUGUGAAGGAGAUUCGUGGUCAUGGGCUAAUUAUAGGAAUUGAUUUAGAUGUGCCCGCUUCACCCUUGGUAGACGCCUGUCGAAGUUCUGGUCUCCUAGUAUUAACUGCUGGAAAAGGUAAUGUUGUCAGGAUUGUUCCACCAUUGAUUAUAACAGAGAAGGAGCUUGAGCAUGCAGCUGAUAUUCUGUGCCAAACAUUGCCUGUUCUUGAUGCCAGUAGUUAACAGUAGGAGAAAGAGAUUUGCUUUCUUGGUACCAAAUAAAAGAUUUUGCCAUGAAUUUCUUGCUUGAAGAUAUUGUCUUGGUGGUAACAGUAUUUUAGCAAUGUCAAUAUGUCAUCUAUUUUGUAUAAUAAAUAAAUAAAUAAAUGGCAGAUCAGAUUAUUUACAUAGCUCCAUUCAUGUUGUGACAGAAAUACAUGUGGCUGUUAUGCUAUCUUAGGUGUAAAGUUGUUGACUCUUAUAUCAAAAAAAAGUUCUUGGCUCUUCA